CAGGCCUGUGACAACGGGCCGUGGCGUCAUCAGAGCGUGCCGCCGCACACGCUGUCGGUGAGCUGUCGGUGAUUGUAGUAAAAUGUCGGUGUUUCACGAUGAGAUAGAGAUCGAAGACUUUGAAUACGACGAGGACGCAGAGACUUACUACUUCCCCUGUCCCUGCGGAGACCGGUUCGCCAUUACUAAAGAGGAUCUGGAGAACGGGGAGGAGGUGGCGACGUGUCCGAGCUGCUCACUCAUCGUUAAAGUCGUCUACGAUAAGGAGUUGUUCGCUUGCGGAGAAAUCGUUGAAGCUCCGUCGUCGUCUUCAGAACCCAAACUGGAGCUGCUGCAGUCCUGACCCCCAUCUGCAAAACCCCGGACUGCUCCUUUAACUGUGGACCUGCUGUUUCUUCUGUGGUGUUUGGGCGUUGUAGCUCAGUGGUUAGAAAGGUUUCCAACGGUGGUGCAUUCAGGUGCUGCUGGGGAACAACGAGUUCUGUAAAUAUGUCUCAUAUUAGAUUAUAAACUUAUUUUAUUGUGUCUCGUGUGAAUGUUUGUGCUUAUUUGAAUUCCUGCUCAUCAAACAGCGUCUUUAUUUCCUGUAGAAGAGCAGAUUUCACUGUUAUAUUUAAUAUAUCAUCAUCAUAUCUGUCCAGAGACACAGCUGUUGUCUGUUAGAGCAAUAUUGAUCUCUCCAGUACAGCCAAUAAUGGCACUGAACAUCCCAAAGUGAUCAAUGACUGAUUGAUUGUUGACUAAAAUCUUUCAUAUGGAAAAAUAACAAAUAACAUGUAAUCUUAUAUCAAAAUAAACAAAACAUGUCAAAAUUA